CUCUGAUGGAGAGGCCGUGACGAUGUGCUGACGUGGCUCUCAUCAGCAGCACACUGUGGAAACCCGUGGGAGACAGAGAGAGCACGGAGUGAAGAUCUGUCCAGCGGCACUGCAGUCACUCUCACUAGCGGAAUAGCGUUCAUUUAGAGGCUCAAUGAUGGAGGUUCCACGUGUGGGACACAGUGUCAGCAGCCCCACGAGCCCGUGCGAGGACAUGAUGAAGAAUCUCAGUCUGGACGCCAUCCAGCUUUGUGAGAGAGAAGGAAAUAAGUCCCUGGACAGCGGCAUUGCAGAGAUGGAGGAACUUCCUGUUCCCCAGAACAUCAAAAUCAGCAACAUCACAUGCGACUCCUUUAAGAUCUGCUGGGACAUGGACUCCAAGUCAAAGGAACGCAUCACACACUACUUCAUCGACCUCAACAAGAAAGAAAACAAGAAUGCCAACAAGUUCAAACACAAGGACGUCCCCACUAAACUGGUAGCAAAAGCAGUCCCUUUGCCCAUGACAGUGCGAGGCCACUGGUUCCUGAGUCCACGCACCGAAUACACUGUUGCCGUACAGACCGCGUCCAAACAGGGUGAUGGCGACUACGCCGUGUCGGAAUGGAGUGAGAUCAUUGAAUUCUGUACAGGCGAUUAUUCCACUGUUCAUCUCACACAGUUGCUGGAGAAAGCAGAGGUCAUCGCUGGCAGAAUGCUGCGGUUCUCAGUCUUUUAUCGAAACCAACACAAAGAAUACUUUGACCAUGUAAGGGAAGCCCAAAACAACAAGAUGCUGCUGUCAGUGAAGGAUAACAGCGGCAGCCACGGUUCGCCCAUCAGCGGGAAGCUCGAGGGCAUCUUCUUCAGCAGCAACACCGAGUUCAACACAGGCAAACCCCCACAGGACUCACCGUACGGCCGUUACCGCUUCCAGCUGCCAGCCGAGGAGCUCUUCAGUCCCAAGACAAACCUGUAUUUCGCCGACUUCUACUGCAUGUACACGGCCUAUCACUACGUCAUUCUGGUGAUCGCGCCGAAGGGCUCGUCUGGAGACGAGUUCUGCAAGCAGCGCCUGCCAGCGCUGGAUAUCGCCAACAACCGCUUUAUGACGUGCUCGGAGGAUGAAGACGGCCGGUUGGUGUUCCACCAUGCACAGGACCUUAUCCUGGAGGUCAUCUACACCGACCCCGUGGAUCUGAGCCUGGGCACGGUAGCUGAGAUCAGCGGCCACCAGCUCAUGAGCCAGUCCACAGUCAACGCCAAGAAGGAUCCCAGCUGCAAGACCUGCAACAUCAGCGUGGGACGCUAACCUACGAAUCGGAACCCUUCUGCUGCCUUGAACAGCACAGAAAAUCGCCUUCUCCUUUAGCCGUCCUCCUUACCCAUUAUCGAACGUAUCCAUAAUUCCUUCUGGUGUCCGCAGCAUGUGUCUCACAGCUUUUGACAAAAUGCUCUUUUUCGUUUACUAGCUUAUGGAUCUCGACCCGGGGUUGGGUUAGAUAUGUCUUGGUGUUGGGAUGUUGAAUUAAUCACCCCUGUCAAUCAAACUGCUUCUUUAAUCCUAUUGGCUGUCAGACCUUCCUGUUAGAACGCGGCAUUGUAACAGUUUACCAAAGUUUACACAAAUUUAACACUAAAUGCUCAUCAAGUCACUGAAGUCGGUGAAUCGAGACAACCGUUCUUUUAAGGCAUUAUGAAGGUGAUGAUAUCUCAAAAAAUAUGUGAUUGGACGUAUCUGUAGCAUGACUGCAAACAUUUUUGGAAACGUUGACAUUAGCAUAACUGUUCUUUAGCAGUGUUUCAUGUUAUCUAUUCCAACCCAUCCAGUAUACUGGGAUUUAACAUAUAUUAAAUGUGAUACGACAUGUAGAUAGAAAAAUAUUUAUUUUUUAACUGGUGAAUAGAAAAUGGACAGGACCAGAAGUAGUGAUGGAAAAGAAAAGGUUCACGAUAAAGCAAAAAUAUAUAGAUACAUAUAUACACAUAUGUUUACUGUAUAAACCAAUGUAGAAUUACGUGCACAAUAGCUAACAUUCAAAAGCUACAUUUGUCAUUGUGGAUGUGUACAGCAAAUAAAUUCUGGGACGACGAUAACAUGACAGAAUAACCACACCUGAUUGUAGCACAAUUCAACAGUUUACGUUGGUUGGCAUGCAAAGACACUACACAAAGAUUGUAAUAGUUCAUUGCAGUAGAGCCGUCAGAAAGGAAAGAUAUUGAUUGUUUCGUUUCCAGAGAGUAGCUACUUGAGCAGAAUUGCACUUAAAGCGCACAUCCGCUUCUCAUGAACAUAUCUCCUGCUUUGGGCUUCAGUAUUGUUUUUAGUGUAUGACGUUAUUGGACAGUGUUCAUUUUAACCACUGGCUUAAUGUAUCAUUUGUUCUUCAUGUAUAGGAGGAAAACUGUGCUCUGUGAUGGCCACGUACUGUACUUUAACACGUUUUUGAACAAAAUAGAUCUUUAAAAAUACUUAGCUCUCCUGGGAGAACCUUUUCAAUUCUGGAUAUUCUGGUAUUCAAUUCUGCUCCCUUUUUCAUGUGAGAGACAGAUAUAUGAGAAAUAAACAUGGUUGGUUGCUGCUGUAUUCAUAUGUUAGGGAACUCAUUGAAAUGUGCAUAAAACCCUUAUUUUAAGUGCUCUGCGUUGUUUUCUGUC